GACCAUGACCUAAUCGGCCAAGUAAAUUGAGGCUGCAGCGGCUUCCAAUAAUAAAGUUACAGCUGAAAUUCCAUCAUUCUUCUUCGGCAACUCGGCUGCUCAAACCUCAAAUCAACCGACAGACCCUAAAAUAAAAUGAUGGCAAUGCGAUUUGCAGUGCCUUACCUUUUGAUAAUCUGAUAACAAUAACGCAGCACGAAUAGGGAUAGAGCAUAGACAGAGCACAGAGCACAGAGCACAGAUAGAGAACCAAGCAUAGACGGAGAAGUGUCUCGGAAGUUUGAAUAGGAGACAUCAUUAAGGGAUUUGAAACUUGAACGCGGACGCCAUGAGGAAGCUUAAAUUUCAUGAGAAGAAGCUUCUGAAGAAGGUGAAUUUUCUGGAAUGGAAGAAAGAAGGAGGACAGAGAGAGGCUCUUGUUAUGCGCCGAUACCAUAUCACAGGCCGAGAUGACUACAAGAAAUACUCUGUAUUGUGUGGAGUGGUCACCAAGCUUGUAAACAUAUUGAAGCAAAUUGAUCCCAAAGACCCAUUUCGAGUUGAGAUGACUGAUCGUCUUCUAGAAAAACUAUAUAAUAUUGGAGUGAUUCCAACAAAGAAGAGCUUGGCUCUGUGUGACAAGUUGUCAGUUUCUUCCUUCUGCAGGCGUCGCCUGGCUACUGUUCUUGUAAGGUUACAUUUUUGCGAAAGCCUCAAGGAAGCUGUGACAUAUAUUGAACAAGGCCAUAUCCGCGUUGGUCCAGAUACUGUUACAGAUCCAGCAUUUUUGGUGACAAGGCCACUAGAAGACUUUGUUACGUGGGUUGACACAUCAAAGAUCAGGAAGAACAUGUUGCAGUACAAUGAGCGUUUGGAUGACUACGAUCUUUUGAAUUGAGGCUGAAUGGCGCUAAUUUCUAGCUAUUAUUUCAAGUGAAUUAUUUGAUCUUUGAUAGGAUGAUAAAAUCAUGUAUACAGGGUCAUUAUAUGAUUUGUAAUAUCGAUAAGUAUCACUUACUCUUUUCAUUUGAAAAGCCUUGGAGACUAUACAUCCAAUGGCUAAUUGAGAUAGGGUUCUCCUUUCUUUCAAAGUCAUCAUUUUCCAUGACGUUCUAUUGAAUCAUAAUUUGGAUCAGCAAGCUCCAUUUAUCUCUCAAAUUGAUGGAUAUGUUUUUUCCUCUUUUCUAUUGAUCAGGUUAUACUCUUAUUGAAAUUGAAAUCAACUGUAAAUAUGGUGUCUUACUACCCAUUUUUUAUACUUUUGUUGGAUGUCACAAUACAGAAGCCUGCCCACCCAAAUUUGAACUUUCAAUGAAUAUUCUAACUUGCCCCUAGACUCUCAGUUGACAAAAACUUGGAUCAGAGGAGGGUCUUUUAAUUUUGUAAGGAAAUAGUUUUGAAGGAUUGCAAAUAUGGCUAUACGGAAACUUUAUGCUUCGAGGGUAAAUAGUAAAUAGCUAAUGGAAUUUGCUGAGGCUCUUCAUGGAGAAAGGGUCCUCAACUAGGUUGAAUGUUGAACAAUAAUAAUAUGGUGAAAUUGGUUUCUGGAUUCAAUUGUGUAUAAGCUUUUUGUAUCAAUAAAAAUAUGAUUUUUAUU